CCGGCAGCCGCCGCCGCUCCGUCCAGGUCCAGCCGCACGGGGAACCUCGCCGUCCGCUCCGGCAUGGCCGCCGCCGCGUCGUCCGCCACCUCCGUCCACGACUUCACCGUCAAGGAUGCUAGCGGGAAGGACGUCGACCUCAGCGUCUACAAGGGGAAGGUUCUCCUCAUCGUUAACGUCGCGUCCCAGUGUGGCUUAACCAACUCCAACUACACCGAGCUGAGCCAGGUGUACGAGAAGUACAAGGACCAAGGACUUGAAAUCCUGGCUUUCCCGUGCAACCAGUUUGGUGGGCAAGAGCCUGGAACCAACGAGGAGAUUGUCCAGUUUGCCUGCACCCGCUUCAAGGCCGAGUACCCCAUUUUUGACAAGGUUGACGUCAACGGCAAGGAGGUAUCCCCACUGUACAAGUUCCUGAAGUCUAGCAAAGGUGGCCUUUUCGGCGACAGCAUCAAGUGGAACUUCUCAAAGUUCUUGGUUGACAAGGAGGGUCGUGUCGUGGACCGCUAUGCACCGACCACUUCUCCCCUGAGCAUCGAGAAGGAUAUCAAGAAGCUGCUUGGGAGCUCUUAGACCCGACUGGUUCGAGCCUGUAGAAAAAACCAGCACCUCUGUAUUACAUUGGUGCUAGAAACAAUAAUAUUGUUGUGUUGAAUAAAAAUAUGUACCCAACAUUUCAGAGGAUGCAUAUGCUAUAUCUUCUGCAUCCUACUCUGUACUUGUAUAUGCCGUGUUAAUGAAAAUAUUGUAGCUGUUCGUUGUGCC